GGACUUUCAACCAGUGCCCUGCCUGCCCAUCUGGGACCCCUUCCCCUCUAGACAUGGCCUCAGGCCCCCUGGACCUCCAACCCUGUGGCACUUCAGGUAUAGAGAAAGCCUAAACGCCACCAGCCCAGGGCCCAUACCAUGCCACUUACCCAGGCUCAGCAAGCUUCUGGCAUAGAGGCCACGGAGACAGUGCCCCCAGCUGUGGACCUAGUGCUGGGCGCCUCGGCCUGCUGCCUCGCCUGUGUCUUCACCAAUCCCCUGGAGGUGGUUAAGACACGGCUGCAGCUGCAGGGGGAGCUGCAGGCCCGAGGCACCUACCCACGGCCUUACCGGGGCUUUGUGGCCUCUGUUGCCGCUGUGGCCCGAGCGGAUGGGCUGUGGGGCCUGCAGAAGGGGCUGGCCGCUGGCCUGCUGUACCAGGGCCUCAUGAACGGUGUGCGCUUCUACUGCUACAGCCUGGCAUGUCAGGCUGGCCUCACCCAGCAGCCAGGUGGCACCAUGGUUGCAGGUGCUGUUGCUGGGGCUCUGGGAGCCUUUGUGGGGAGCCCCGCUUACCUGGUCAAAACACAGCUACAGGCCCAGACAGUGGCCGCAAUGGCUGUGGGACACCAGCACCAUCACCAGAGCGUCCUGGGUGCCUUGGAGACCAUCUGGAGACAGCAGGGCCCAUCAGGGCUGUGGCGGGGUGUGGGUGGGGCUGUGCCCCGAGUCAUGGUGGGCUCAGCUGCCCAGCUGGCUACCUUCACCUCAGCCAAGGCCUGGGUGCAGGAGCAACAGUGGCUCCCUGAGGAUAGCUGGCUGGUGGCCCUGGCUGGAGGCAUGAUCAGCAGUGUAGCCGUGGUUGCUGUCAUGACCCCCUUCGAUGUGGCCAGCACUCGACUGUACAAUCAGCCAGUGGAUGGAGCUGGCAAGGGCCAGCUGUAUGGGGGUCUCCCUGACUGCCUGGUGAAGAUCUGGAGGCAGGAGGGCCCCAUUGCUCUCUACAAGGGCCUGGGCCCUGCCUACCUGCGCCUGGGCCCCCACACCAUCCUCAGCAUGCUCUUCUGGGACGAGCUACGGAAACUGGCCAGGCAGGCCCAGCACCAGGGCACCUAAGUGGCAUUCUUUACCCCACAUCCUAACACAGCUGGAACUUGGCCAGAAGUGACAGCCUACCCCAGCAGAACUGGCCAUCCAAGAGUGGGCCAUAAGUCCAGGCCCAGGGAGAGUGUGGACAACUCUGCCCACCCACCCCCCAGGGCCAUGGCCCAGCCAGGGCCAAAGCAGAGCAUCCACUCCAAGUUACCACCCAGCUGUUCUCCAGAAAGUUCUCUUCCUUCUCUGUCCUGGGUCACCACCAUCCCAGAGCCUUAAUCCUUGUUAUAAAAGUGCUGCAGGCAUGAGCCAAGUAACUUACAUACAUCAGCUGGCUUAGUCCUCAAACAGCAACAUGAGACAGGUAAUAUCCUCCUCGAGGGGUGACAUGGCUUUGACCAAAGCCACACAGUUGUGCAGUGGCAGAGUGAGGGCUGGAACUCAGCUGUGCCCACCAGACCUGUGCCCUGGAGAAGGGCGCUACCAUGCCAGGAGGAGACCAAGGGGCAGCAUGAGGCUGUGGCGACAACGUCACCUGUCUUCUUUACUCGGACUGCCAUAACACAGUAUCACAGACCCAGGGACUUUAAACAACUUUUAAACAACGGAAAUUGAUUCUCUUGCAAUUCUGGAGGCUGGAAACCUGAGAGCAAGAUGUCAGCAGGGCUGGUUUC